AAAACAUGUGACAUUACAAGGGAAAGUAAAACUAAAAGUAGAGGAACUGCUAUUGAAUUGAAACAUGUUAAAACCCAAAGCUCUCACUCAAGUUUUAAGCCAGGCCAAUACAGGAGGUGUUCAAAGUACAUUACUCCUUAACAAUGAGGGUGCCUUGUUGGCAUACUCUGGGUACGGGGACAAGGACGCCGCGGUGACGGCAGCCAUUGCCAGUAAUGUAUGGACGUCCUACCAAAAGAGUGGAGUGGUUGCCUUCAGUGAAAACAAACUCGAGUUCAUCAUGCUGGAGUGCGAGGAGGGAAAAGUUGCAAUCACAAAAGUAGCCAAUCUUCUAUUGUGCAUUUGUUCUAAAGAAAAUGUGGGACUCGGUAUGCUGAAAGCAAAGAUGGAGGCGCUAGCGAAAUAUUUAGAGGAGCCUUUGUCUCAAGUGGCAGCCUCCUGACACAGAGCGAACAUUUAGUUAUCUGUGAACAGAGAAAUUUACACACAUUGUUAAUUACAGGAAGCCAGUGUUUCACUCUAUGUAUAUAUCUGUUAUUUUCAAGAUGCUAUAAACAUAUUUAUGUGAUAAAGUCUUUGGUGUACAUUGAUUUCCGUGUUUACAGUUUGAGAGUUAAUUUCCGUGUUUACAGUUUGAGAGUUAAUUUCCGUGUUUACAGUUUGAGAGUUAAUUUCCGUGUUUACAGUUUGAGAGUUAAUUUCCGUGUUUACAGUUUGAAAGUUAUGAUGGGUCAAUAUCCAUAUGAAGUUUUUGGAUGCUGAGACAAAUACAACAUUGUUCCAAUUAUUACCAUUUGUUUGCCUUUUAACCUUAUAACAUAAAAUGAAUGAUCAUGCUAUGUCAUUUUGUGUGAUAGAAGUCAUUAUAAUAAAUUAGAAGCAUAAUGGUGUGAGGUGUUAUGUACAUUACACACAAAUGUAGUAUUAUUAAGUAUAUUGUAUCUACUAUGAUUGACAGGUGACACCAAUACAUGUACAUGUAUAACUAU